ACCGAGUAGGCGAGUAUGAUACGCAGUAUUUAAAACAAUAGUUCUCUCCAACUCCAAACAACUUCAACUCCCCUCUUUCAAUCUUUCCCACCAACUCUCUCGCCAUGAAUCAUCAACUCCAUCUCCUCCUCCUCUUCACCACCGCAACCCUCCUUCUCUCCGCUACCAUCUCCGCCGCAACAACCUCCGCAUACCCUUCUUCAUAUGGCGAAGAAUCAUGCGGAUUCUCCGGCGCCGCCGUAACCCCGGAAAGAAGGGAAACAUACGGUAACGGACGAAUCAUCGACAUUACCCACCUUAUUCACCCAGAUAUGCCGGCCUUUGAAUCUUCCGAUGGUGUUGGUCAGUUCAUUUGGCUUCUUAAGAGUAUGAAAAAUGGGUCCAUUGCUAAUAAUUCUGAGAUGAAAAUCGCCUCUCAUACUGGGACCCACGUUGAUGCUCCUAGUCAUUUCUAUGAUGAUUAUUUGGAUUCUGGGUUUAAUAUUGAUUCUCUUGACCUUGAUGUUCUUAAUGGUCCUGCACUAUUGGUUGAUGUACCAAGAGAUAGCAACAUAACUGCAAGUGUGAUGAAAUCUCUACACAUCCCUAGAGGAGUACGUCGGGUUCUUUUCAGAACUUUAAACACAGACAGGCGCCUUAUGUUCAAAAAGGAGUUUGAUUCUAGCUAUGUGGGUUUCAUGGAGGAUGGUGCUCAAUGGUUGAAAGAUAAUACAGACAUCAAACUUGUUGGUAUCGACUAUCUAUCUGCUGCUGCGUAUGAUGACUUGGCUCCUUCUCAUCUUGUUUUCCUUGAAAGCAAGGAAAUUAUUCUAGUCGAAGCUCUAAAGCUGGAUAAUGUCCCCGCAGGAAUGUAUAAUGUGCAUUGCUUGCCUCCACGGCUGUCUGUUGCUGAGGGGGCACCUAUAAGAUGCAUUCUAAUAAAGUGAUACUUCCACCGUGAAUCUCCAACUUGACAGAGCGUUUCUGAUAUGUGGAUUCAGGGAUGGGUUCUGGAAGUGGAAUGUGGUAAGGCUGGUAACUGAUGGUUGCAAGAGAUUGAAGAGAUUAUAUAUGUUGUGCCACGUUACGUUGCAGUAGAUAUUGUGUCAUAACAUAUUAAUGUAAAUUGCUUAUAUAUUUAGCCAGGUUUCGACCAACACCCAAAAUGGCAGACUUGCUGUGAUGAACACAAAACAGGGUCUUGUAUUGUUUCUACAUAAAGCCAUCUGCUGGCUAACUUCUUUGGAUGCAAAUUGGAUUAGUUUGAUCUUUAUUUUAAUCUAUUCCAGAAUAGUGGAUUCUGAAUUUGGAAUAAGAAAUUAAGAAUACAGUUUAAAUCA